AUCCUGGCCCGGAGAACCCGUCCCGGGUCCGCGCCGCCGCUUCCCGUGGACGCGCGGGGCGGUGGAGCCACGGCGGUGAGGUCACGGCUCCCCCAAGGAGACGCUCGGCGCCCCCCGACCCAGAUGAGAACCUUGCGGGGCCAGCGGGCCGGCAGCGAGCGGGCCGGCAGCGAGCGGGACGGGCUUGUCCGGGGCCGGCAGGAAGGGGACACCCCGGUUUGGAGUGGGCCCCACCUACGGGCCCAGUAGGACCGGCUUCUGGAGCGAAGGGAGAGCUUCCUCCACGGUGGUAUCCCGCUGCUCUCUCAUCGCUCCCUCUUCAGAUGCUGCUCUAUCUGAGUGGAACAUACUAUGCCCUUUAUUUCCUAGCUACGUUCCUGCUGGCCAUGUAUAAAAGUCAGGUUUUCACUUAUCCUCACAGUUACCUGGUCCUCGACCUGACUCUGCUCUUUCUGAUGGGGAUUCUGGAAGCAGUUCGGUUAUACUUCGGCACCAAGGGCAACCUGAUGGAAGCCGAGGUACCGCUGGCCGCCAGCCUGGUCCUCACGGUGGGCGGUGCCCUGCUGUCCGUCUACUUCCUGCUCUGGCAGACCCUGGUGCUGUGGGCAGACGCGGCCCUCAGCGCCAUGCUCCUGGCGCUCCACGGCCUGGAGGCCGUCCUGCAGGUGGUGGCCAUCGCCGCCUUCGAGGGCUAGGUGGGCGGUGCCCGGCCUGCGGGACAGCCCCGGGCAGGAGACCCUCCUCAGAGCCAGACUGUGCCCCAGCCGUCACCUCCCCCACUGACGGUUGCUGAGUGGGAAGGACAUCUUCGUGCUGACCUGCCUCAGUGUUUGUUAGAGGGUCCGAUGGUGUGGAGGGUCUAUGAGGCGGAGGUGGGGUCGGGAACCAGGGCAGAACAAGGUGCUGGGCAGGGGCUGCGUGUGGCGGAAGCAGGGGUGGGGCCGUCCCGGCCAGUCUGCGGGGAAUCGCGGGGACGUCUCUGGCUGGUGGGGAUGUGGCUUCAGCAGCCACCGACAUCCAGGGUGCAGAGGGGGAUGAGGCCUUCGGAAAGCAGGCAGCCAGGCCAGUGCCCUCGCGGUGUCCAUGGCAUCUCCCUCUCAGGCCGGGAUCAGCCGUCUCUGCUCUCCCUGCAGCUUCGGGGUGGCACAGGGACCAGGGGUCCUGCUCUGCGGGCCGAGCCCCGGGCAGGUGGUGCACUCUGCCGCGCACAGGAGACACCUGCCGAGGGCCAGGCAGCUCGGGGCUGCGGGGUUUCCCCUCAGCCGUUACACCUUUCCCUUGGGGAUUCUGGAGAAAGGUGAAGGUGACCUGGAAGCCCCAGUGCAGGGGGGGGGAGGAGAGCUGGAGAGUCCCCAGUAGGGGUGCUGUCCGGCUCCCAGGCCCUCUGUAAGUGCUCCUGGAAGGAGUCUGCGCCGAUGUUUUCUAGUGACUUCCCUUGGUCUCAAUUUCACAUUUUCUACGUCUGGAGUAGUGUUGUGUUUGAGCAUCUGGAUAUUCUCUCUUCACGGUAUUUUUAAAUAAAGAAGCUUCUCGACCUCUCUGAA